AUUAUUAAGCACAGGCUGUGUUGAGAGCACGACCGGCGUCGCUGGAAAGAUAACCAAUUUCACUAUGGCUCGAACCAAACAUACACCAAAGAACAAGAGAACGGUGUGGAAAACAGCCCAAUAUGUGGAAAAUAAUUCGACACAUGAUAAAGAUUUCUCAGAAAAACUGUCACGAUUUCUUGAUUCUUUCGCCGUCAAUAAACAAGUAACAGAGUUUCGACGGAAAAUUAUGUACUCUUAUGAACUUGAAAUGACACUGACACGCAAAACAUUAGGGCUUAACAGACGAACUUAUAUAUUCGGAAGUCAAAUUGAGGGCACCUCAUCCAUUGGAAUGAACUCCGACGCAGACUUCUUACAGAGUUUUGAAACGUUUCGUUUGUUUCUUGAUUCAGACAUUCCUCACCUACAGCAAAAUGACCACCAAGUUGUGAUAAAGGUGAGCACAAACAGCUGUGCUACGCAGUACUGUGUUUUAACAAUGAUUGAACCCGCUACACAAGCAAAGCGUUUUCAACAGUUGGAUCCUAAUCAUGAUGCUGUUGAUAUUGUCAUUUUUUUUCGAAGGGAUUGGAUGCAACAUGACGGCAUGAUUCCACAUACAAUUAUGUUCGGUACCCUAGACCAUCAUCUUUCAAUACUUAAGCAAGCAAAACGGCACGGGCCUGCAAAAAGUAUACGAAAUAUGGAUAGCGUUAACGCGUGUUACUGUAAAAGUCUUCCAAAGCAAUGCAAGUUCUUUUUCGAAAGGCCUCGCCCUGGUAACUGGCCUUCGGAGAAAACGUUGACCAAAGCCAAGAAAUAUGACGUCUUUAUAGUUCCACAGGGACCCCCCAAAAGUACAAACGUGUGCACGUAUGAUUAUUUUGAUUACCAGUGGCGAAUUUCUACAAAUCUAACAGAGCGGUUAUUAAUGUUCAGUUUAGAUACCGUACAUCUGAAAGCAUAUACUCUAACAAAGAUGAUACGAAAGGAGUUUUUUGUGCCUGAAUAUCUAGAAAGGCUAAGUACAUUCCAUUUCAAAACAGCCUUCUUCUUUACUGUCGAGAACACCCGGCCUGAUGUGUGGAGGGAGGAUAAUCUCAUAAAUUGUGUCAAGUACAUUUUUGCGACUUUGAUGCGCUUCUUAAAGCGCCGCCAUUGUCCACAUUAUACCAUAGAGAAUGUUAACCUUUUCGAAGGGAAAAUUCAAAUACACGAGUUUCAGAAAUAAGUUGAUAAACUUUCAUCUGUUAUUAAUUCACUGCGGAAAAAUAUCGAAAAUAUGCAUAUGGAAAACAUUGGACAGAUGCUAAAUGAGUGCAGUCCAAGAACACAUGAACGCAUGAAAAAUUGCACGAUAGUUUCACCACUAUUUCUUUAUGUAUUUCACGUUUUUCAGGCAAACAUCCACAUUUUUCAUGGAUUUGAAUUUGCAAAAACAUCCGUCAGUGACAGAAAAGCUUUGUUUGAAAACGAAUUUACACGCUUAGAAAAGUCGUAUCGCUUAUCGUUGAAAAAAUACGGAAAACAUGACUAUGUUUUAUAUAAUGUCAUGACAUUCAUGGCUUCUUUGGUUGCCUCGGCGUAUUUAGAACAGAAGGCUGAAGGGUAUGAAAAUGACAUCAAUAAAGCUAGAAAAAUGUUUAUUCAAGCUCUUGAAUCUGAUGUCAUUGGCAACUACAUGAGAUACGCUUCCUUCCUUUUCUGCAAUGAAGAAUAUGAUGAAGCAUGUAAAUAUUUUGACUUGAUAGAAAAAGCAAAUAGAAGAAGAUAAAAAAUCUAAUCUUAUGUACCAGUUAUUCGUUUCUCCAUCGGAGUCAUUAGCUGUUCAGGUUGCUGAACAGUCCUGUGAACAGUCGUAUAAACAGAGAUGGUCUGUGUGUUUGAUAUAUACACCAGAAGAGGCGAUGUCUGUUCCUGAAUUUUUGCGAUGUGAGAUGUAUCGUGGAGGUCUUGGCACCUACACCUCAUAUGGUUUCCUGCCCCAACGUCAUCGCAAGGAAGACAACAUAUGCCUGCAAAUAGAGCCAUAUCUCUACUAUCUACAGUACCUAACAUACAACAAACUCCACCAAGAACGUAAACAGUCGGAAGCUUUAACCAAAUAAUCGACGUUCACUAAAAGAAUUCAACCAACAAGAUUCCUCUCACCGAAUGGCGAUUUCUCCCUAUCAUUUGAUCAUUUUGAUACCUCGUUGAACAUGUUAGGUCACUGCUUGGAACUGGAGCAGAAGUCAGAAUUGGCUUGGCAGACUUACAAACAAUCUCUGCACAUGCUACCUCAGAGAAAUGCAGCCGUCUUUCAUAUAAUUCGACUUUUGUGGAGAGUUAUUCAAGGUCUCCAGACUUAGGGUCAUUACAACUACACAAUGGAAGUAACCAUGCGGAAAAUGCGUCUCAUUUUAUUGUUAUGGUUCUUAAGGCGAUUUCCACGAUAUGAUGUAAGGCUUUGGUAUGGAUGCUUAAUUUGAACAGCACGUGCUGCUGUUUGUCACUUUCGUUGUCAAAAUAUGAUCCAAUAUGCUGACAAUAUUAUAAUGCCGAACUACUAUGCUUAACGAGGUUCAUUAAACUUUUGAAUAAUAAUAAGUAGAUCUAUUAUAAGUAUUAGUAUUACUUCAUUAUUAUUAUUAAUAGUAGUUGUACUGUUCAACUCUUUCAAUGUUUAACAUGACCGUUGUUUUAUAUGAGUGUUGAUACAUUUAUUUAUAUUAAAAGUUAUUAACAUAACAGCACACAUUUAAUACAUGUCCUUUUUGCAUUCAUUUUCAUAUUUUAUAAUAAAUUAUUCCUGCAAAUAUAUGAAUAGCUAAAUAUUUAUACCGUUUACCUUGAUGUUGACUGCAACUUAAGGAUUUUAAUCUUGACACAAACGCACACAAUUUCUGUCGAAAGUCGUCGCUGCUUAACGUUCACAAAUGUAUGCGUGUUUAUGUUAAAGGGAUCUUUUCACGGUUUGGAAAUUGACAAAACUGAAAAAAGUUUCAGAUUCAAAAUUUUUCGUUUUAGUUAUGAUAUUUGUGAGGAAACAGUAUGACUGAACAUUGACCAUGGUCUAAUAUAGCCAAUAUAUUAAUCUUUUGACGAUUUUAAAACCUAAAAAUUAUAAAUCGUUGCAACGCGAAACGAUUGACUAAUUUGGAGAGUUCUGUUGUUGUCGUUAAAUUUUUUGAAACUACGAAGAUUGCUCAUAUAAUGCAUAAAAUACUUCAACAAAGUAUGCUUGGCAGAAUAGCCGACUGGUCUUAUGCGUUUUUACUCCAGGUGACUCCAGGACUCCGGGGGUCACUAGUUCGAGUCCAGCUGCGGCUACUUUUUUUUCCUUUUUUAAAUUUUAUUCUUGAUUUUUUACUGGAGCUUUUAAGAUCCAAUGUUUACAUUUAUCAAUAUAAAGCAUUUAAUGACUUAUUUCAAAACAUGCCAAAAACUGUGAAAAGGCCCAUUUAAUUGAGAGUUGGAAGUUACACAAAACGUUUUGAAUAUGAAUACACAUUUCAAUAACCUAUUCAAGUGAAUAUAUGAAAUACAAAACCGCACGAAUAACUCGAGCUAUGUAUACUCUUAGUCGGAAGUUCAUGAAUAAAUCAAACGCGUGAUCGCCUGUGUGUGUAUUUCGCACAACGUUUAGACUGUGAAAUAUUUUUUGGAUAAAAAAGAGUCAUUACGACUAAAUAACAAAAUAUUUACGAUAGACAAAACUUAUUGAUUUAAAUUAUCCCCAUAUCGACCAAACAUCAUAAUUAUAUGUAAAUCCACAAUAAAGAAUGUUCGAGUUGUUGUCGUUUGUGGUCAAAAACCAACGCUAGAUUACUUAAGAGCAGGGGCCAAGUCCGAUUUGUUUUCAAGUAUCGUAUCAAAAUGAUAAAUAUGUUUUUAUUGGUAUACAUGGAUAUUUUAAGAGACUUUUUUCGCAGUUUGGCUAAAUGACGAGUUUCAAUAUAAUUUACUUGAUUGAAAAUAAAAUAUAUUUGUUAAAACCAGCAACAUAACACUCCUGACCCAAAAUGUUUAAAAUAUUGGUACAUUUAUAUACAUUCACCAUUUUAAUUUAGUAAAUACUAAAUUGUUUGUAACGCCUUUCCUCGAAACUUUGGAAAAUACGUUGAGUUCUAAUAAAGCAGUUAAGUUUCGCUAUAAAUAUAUGUUGAAGUACCUAUACUGCCGUAUACUGACAUUCCGUCUUGAUUUAGGACUAUUCUGUGCAACAACUGCCACUUUCAGGUGUUACUCUGUCUGCCAAAGCUAAAAUAAUAAGGGUUGUUUUAUUUUAACAUUUUCUUUGUUUAAUCAGACCGAGAGGACUAGCAAACAAUGCACUGUCGCUUUUUCACUGGGCAUGGCAGCUGUCUAUCUCGGUCCGAUGAGCAUUACAUAAACCCAUGUACGUAAGCCAUUCCGGCAUAUUGCGCUUGCAUAUGUUGUUAUGCACGAAUAGUCUCCCUUGUUGUAUUAUAGAUAUCAGCGCAAAUACAAUUACAAUGAGGACAGCCGCCCCUGAUAAUGUAUGCAUGUUAUUGUAAUAAUAAUAAUGUAAAUGUU